GUGAAAAACUUUAUUGACAUAAAUGUAUUUACAAUUCAGACCCGCACUGCUGAGACCUCCACAGGCCAGGAGUCCCAGGUCCAGUCCCAGUCCCAGGUCCAUGUCCAGGUCCAUGCUAAGGCCUUAAACCCUGACCCCUCAGGGACUCACUGGCAUCACUAUUUUGAGAUAUUUUAUUUUAUUAUGCUAUUAUUUUAUUAACCUAACUGUUCUUGGUGGAGCGGUAACAGCCCAAUACAGCGGGGGCAGGAGUGCGUUUUAAUCUGCUCUUAAAUGGAGCGCAGAAGAAGAAGCUGCUCCUAUUUCCGGGUCCGGUUCCAGUUGAUGACGUUCCUCUGGAGUGUUCCGGUUGUUUCUAGCUGCCGUUUAAUCAAACACACCGACGCUCGGUUAGUCGGUACCGGUUCUUCUUCAGGAAGUGUGUAGCUGCUUCUGGCAACCUUCACCUGUCCGCUGACCACUCAGUCGGGUUUCUCCUCCACACACAGGGAGAUUUGUGUUCUGACACACACGGUUGCGUUCGGACGCCAUCAUGGUGUUAGCCGACCUCGGGAGGAAGAUCACCUCGGCGCUGAGGUCUCUCAGCAACGCCACCAUCAUCAAUGAGGAGGUGUUGAAUGCCAUGUUAAAGGAGGUGUGUGCUGCCCUUCUGGAGGCUGACGUCAACAUCAAACUGGUCAAACAGCUGAGAGAGAAUGUCAAGUCUGCCAUAGAUCUGGAGGAGAUGGCUUCAGGUCUGAACAAGAGGAGGAUGAUUCAACAUGCCGUGUUCAAGGAGCUUGUCAAGCUGGUGGACCCAGGUGUAAAGGCCUGGACUCCGACAAAAGGAAAGAACAACGUCAUCAUGUUUGUCGGUCUGCAGGGCAGUGGGAAAACUACAACCUGCUCCAAGCUGGCCUAUUAUUACCAAAGGAAGGGCUGGAAGACCUGCCUGAUCUGUGCCGACACCUUCAGAGCUGGUGCCUUCGAUCAGCUGAAACAGAACGCCACCAAAGCCAGGAUCCCGUUCUACGGCAGUUACACAGAGAUGGACCCGGUGGUGAUAGCUGCCGAGGGAGUCGAGAAGUUCAAAGGAGAGAACUUUGAGAUCAUCAUUGUUGAUACGAGUGGACGACAUAAACAGGAAGACUCGCUGUUUGAGGAGAUGCUGCAAGUCUCCAAUGCUGUGCAACCUGACAACAUCGUGUACGUGAUGGACGCCUCCAUCGGUCAGGCCUGUGAGUCUCAGGCGAAGGCCUUCAAAGACAAAGUGGACGUUGCGUCGGUGAUCGUCACCAAACUGGACGGGCACGCCAAAGGAGGAGGAGCUCUGAGCGCUGUGGCAGCCACAAGGAGUCCCAUCAUCUUCAUCGGAACAGGAGAACACAUCGACGACUUCGAGCCCUUCAAGACUCAGCCCUUCAUCAGCAAACUGCUCGGAAUGGGAGACAUCGAGGGUUUGAUCGACCGAGUGAACGAACUAAAACUGGACGACAACGAGGAACUGAUCGACAAACUGAAACACGGUCAGUUCACCCUCAGAGACAUGUACGAGCAGUUCCAGAACAUCAUGAAGAUGGGACCUUUCGGACAGAUCAUGGGGAUGAUUCCUGGCUUCGGUACAGACUUCAUGAGCAAAGGAAACGAACAGGAAUCGAUGGCUCGACUGAAGAAACUGAUGACCAUCAUGGACAGCAUGAACGACCAGGAACUGGACAGUAAAGAUGGUGCAAAGCUGUUCAGUAAGCAGCCCAACAGGAUCCAGAGAGUCGCUCAGGGGUCCGGAGUCGCCACCAGAGACGUCCAGGAGCUGCUGACCCAGUACACCAAGUUCGCCCAGAUGGUGAAGAAGAUGGGGGGCAUCAAGGGACUCUUUAAAGGAGGAGACAUGUCGAAGAACGUGAACCCGUCUCAGAUGGCUAAACUGAACCAGCAGAUGGCCAAAAUGAUGGACCCCAGAGUCCUGCACCACAUGGGUGGGAUGGCCGGUCUUCAGUCCAUGAUGCGUCAGUUUCAGCAGGGAGCCGCUGGCAACAUGAAAGGCAUGAUGGGAUUCAACAACAUGUGAUCACCGGCCAAUCGGCUGCCUUAAUACAUUACAAACUUUUAGCGCCGCCUCCUGACAGGUACAAGUGAAGGGGGCGGGACUUGGAGAGAGGGAGCGCAGGAAGUGUAAAGAGACAAAAUAAAAGCAGGAUGUUUGAAUUUUCGUUCUGUAGUCUGCUUUUUAGAAAAAUGCCAGAAGAAGAAAUGCAAUGAUUUAAAGGAUCAGUUCCUCAUUUGAAGGUUCAGAUGUAUCUAAAUGAUAUUCAAAUGUUGGACUGCCCCUUUAAAUGAGAAGGAGAAAGACGUGCUGGUUGUUUUUCGGGCCUCAUUAAUUUAAUUCUGUAAAAGUUGUUUGUGUAUAAGAUUUAAAUGGAGCAGAGAGUCCGUCCUGAUGGGAUGAGAAGAAGACACAUGAUGAUGAAGAUGAUGAAGAUAACAUUAGUUAGUGACAGUAUUUUUGUCAUAAUAAACAUUUGUAUUUCACCAUUUUAAA